AUGCUGUUUGUUUUUGUAAAAGAUGAUUUAUUCCCCAUUAAUUCUCAGAAUAGUCCAAGUCCUACACGUUAUGAUAUAAAACGACUAGUUGUCGUACGUCCGAUUUCUUAUGGUUUCAAGAAUACUGGUCGAAUGAGACGAUGCUCAACAUUUACUAAUGAUGGUUUAUGGUUACUUCCCGGUGCCUAUAACGUUAAUGGAGUAGACGAAAAAUUAAAUCAAUGUCAUAGAACAUAUUCAUUUAAAAAUAUACCGAGAAAAUUUAAUGAUUUAUUGUUUGGUUUACAAGAUAAAAAUUUGUGUUUAGCUCCCGGUCAGUAUAACCCUUAUGGUGAAGAGCAGAUUAAAAAAACACAAUUGCCUUCAUAUCACAGUGUAUUUAAAUCAAAAUACCCCAGAUCUGUUUCAAGUCAAAAGCAAGAUAAUGUGCCUCCACCAGGUGCUUACAAUUUGUCAUUUAAUGAAACAUUUGGAAUAAUCUCUCCAUUUGUAUCACAGGUACCCAGAUUUAAACGUUCAAAAUCGGUAGGUAUUAGUUGUUUCAAGCAUGUAAUCAUUCUUGAUAUAUAUAAAUAUCAAUGUCAGAAGAACUAA